AUGUCAAUGUUGCGUUUCUUCACACAAUCAGCUAACCAAGCCAGCAAAAGAUUUUAUUCCACACCUGCCUAUUUCGUUGCACGCACUACCAACAAGGGUCUCCCCGUAUACUCAGAAUACAAGAAUGGUGGCACUCGCCUUUUAACUGUAGUCCGUAGAAUUGAAGGAGAUGCUAAUGCUUUGAUUAAAGACAUCAACACUGAUUUUCCCGAAGCUGUCGUCAGUCUCAACGCCAAGACUCAACAUGUUGUUAUCAAGGGCCACCAUGUGAAUGAAAUCAAGGAGUGGUUGAUCUCUAAAGGCUUUUAA